AUGGCCAAAUUCAUAACCGCACGCGAGUUGCGCCAGCAUUGGGUAAAUCAUCAUGAAAUUGCCCUCCUCGACGUUCGCGAAGAAGGUCCCUAUUCCGAGUCCCAUCCUCUAUUUGCACUAAGUGUGCCAGUCUCGGAGAUCGAGAAGAAGUUGCCUCCAUUGGUUCCUCGAUUGUCGGCCCCGAUUGUUGUCUAUGACGAUGGCGAAGGGUAUGCAGAUCGGGCUAUAGCCCGGAUAUUAGCCCUGGGGUAUCAGAAUGUCGCCAUCCUGGAAGACGGGCUUUCUGGCUAUGCCCUCGUCGGUGAGGUAUAUCGCGAUGUCAAUGUUCCAUCUAAGGCCUUUGGCGAGCUCGUCGAAUCCAUCAACCACACCCCAUCCUUAUCCGCACGGGAUGUCAAGGAUGUUCUGGAGAGCGAAGCCGACGUGGUUGUGUUGGAUGCGAGACGUUUUGAGGAGUAUAAUACCAUGAGUAUUCCCCGUGGCCGCAGCUGUCCAGGGGGAGAACUUCUGUAUCGCUUUUUUGAGGCUGUACCCUCUCCGGAAACCACAGUCAUCGUCAACUGUGCAGGUCGAACGCGGAGUAUUGUUGGGACCCAAUCUUUGAUCAACUCUGGAAUACCGAACAAAGUGGUCGCGCUGCGAAAUGGAACCAUCGGAUGGACAUUGGAGGGUUUGGAACUGGAUACCAAAAAGACGGAACGGGUGCCAAGUCCUUCCGUCGAAGCAUCGCAAAAGGCACGGCAAUACGCUGAAUCGUGGGCGAAGCACGUCGGCGUCUCUUCUAUUGAUGGUGAUCAGCUCGCUCGAUUUACCGCAGAGUUGGAAGAUCGAACUCUCUACCUAUUAGAUGUAAGAGACCCGGAGCAGUACGCCCUUGGACACCCAGCCGGAUUCUCCAAUGCCCCCGGUGGUCAAUUGGUACAAGCCACCGACGAAUGGGUCGGUGUUCGAGGAGCCCGCAUUGUUCUAUACGACACGGAUGGUGUGCGGGCGCGCAUGACAGCCAGCUGGCUCUUACAGCUCGGAUGGGAGGUCUACGUUUUUGAAGAGCAAUCUCAAGUACCCGAUGGGCUUCAGUUGCCUAAAGUCCCUUCAUGGCUUCCUUCAAAGGAUGGCUCUAUCACAAUCAAUGACCUUCGAACCCUCGCAGGAGCAACCGUGGUCGAUCUCGCCCGCAGUCCAUCCUAUCGUAAAGGUCACAUUCCGGGCGCAUGGUUUGCUUCCGGACCGGAACUUGCCCGAGAUUUGAAAGCUAUUGAUGGGGACGGGCCUAUCGUGCUGGCCUCACCCGAUGGUGACGUUGCUGCAAUUAACAUUGACGACGCACGCAAGUCAGUCUCGCGAGAAGUUCUGUAUUUGACAGGAGGGACAAAUGCUUGGGUAGCCGCCGGUCAUCCCCUAGAGGCGGAAUCGCGGUGGCUGUCGCAGCCAAUCGACGUGUAUAAAAGGCCAUAUGAAGGGACAAGCAACGCUCGCAAGGAUAUGCAAGGGUAUCUUGACUGGGAGUAUGGGCUUGUGGCGCAACUGGCGAACGACGGGGUCGCAGGUUUCCACGUUGUGCGGGACACGCGUGGGGAGUUUGGGAAACUGUCCUGA